UACAUGGAAGCUGUGUCAGGGCUACGAUCGUUCUAUCAUCGGAUUGCCGUAUUCCGUUCAUGAGAUUAAAGAUUGGCACGGUAACACGCAUACAGUCAAUGUCGACUGCUCGAUUUCUUAGUCUGCCUAUUGUCGGGGCCGAUCUUAUUUGACAGCCCCUUAGCAUCCAAUAACAUGGCGUUGUGGAUUGGAGAAGCCUCAGAGGUCACCCUCCUACCAAUCUUUUGGGGUACUUGUCAAUAUCACGGCGAUAUCCAUGAUCAGACUCAAUUCGACGUCUGCUCCAUGAUCAUGGGUAAAGAGGGAACUGAACAGCAUGCCACUUCCACGGGCCUGAAACCCUUACUGAAACCAUCCCUCGUGUCGCCUUCAUGGCUAUCUUCCAUCUUACUAUCUCCCUCCUCCUCAGCCUCCUCGUCGUCGGAGGUCGGAGAGCUGACGAACCACACCAUCGACGAUACACUUGGAGACCAGCUCACCGUGUUUCAUGUCACAAUCCGGGAUGAUCGUACUCGUGAUGAUGGACCCAAGUCCCUACGAUACGAGGGCUGGCGUCCCUCCGAGAUCGUUAUGUGUCCCCUUGUGCCUCACGCGUUCCAUUCCUGUAUACCCCCAGUUCACUUUCGCAAUGGCAUGCAACUCCUCUUAGAGUCUUACGAUACUGUCUUUGUCGCCCUGGACAGACACCUCUCACCGGGCAUUCUUUCGGGAUUAUACACACGACGGCGAUGUCAAACUGCAUGGGAGACAGAGGAACACGCGAAAAGCAUGUGGUGUUCGAAAAGGAACGUUGUUCGGCGACACGAGCAAAUUCGCAACCACGCUUGA